AUGCUCCUCCUGUGUUGCGACAUUAUCAACAGAUUCGCGCUAUCGCACCUGUCGAGCGCGCAGAGAGAGAGAGUUGCAGCAUCACGACGCAGACGUCGAGCUGAACAAGAAGAACAGGAAGGCAGCCCAGUAAGACGUAGAGGAAGGCCUAGAGUAGAGCCUUCUCAAAACAUUUCUGCUGCUUAUAUCUUGCAGCUUUCUCACAUUCGUCCUUUGGAUCUUGAAUGUAUGGACAAGGAAUGUCCCUACUGUCACGCCCUUCACUGGAUCGAUAACAGGAAAGAGACAUCUUCGAUGAGAAAUUCUAUUAAAUCUGGCUAUAAGUGUCAUAUGAUUGUUAGAGAGAGAAAAGCUAAUCAUGAAAACGCAAACGAAUUCGGCGCAAGUGAAGUUGGAAUUAAAUAUAAUGGAACAAAGUACAUCGUCGAAGGAGGUGUAAAGUUGCCAAAAGCAUUAAAAGAUAUGCUAGAUAAUCUCAUAUUAAACAAUAACGGUAGCUGUGAAGUCCUCAUUACAUUUGAGCUACAGCAUUCAGGCUUGAACGUGACGCUGAUGAUAGCAGACAGACCAGAAAGUACAUUACAAGAAUAAGUAGAUUAAAACAGAUGAGUUUUCCAAGUGACAUACUUCGCUUCGGUAAGCAAGUGCUUCCUUUACUGGUUUUAAUUUGGC